GUUUAAUGCUAAAUUGAAAUCAACAUGGAAAUGGAUGAAGAGGACCGAGAGCUGCAUCAUUCAUCCUGCUCAGGAGAGUUAAUUCCAGGAAUUUUAAAUGAAAUUACAUUGGGACCCAUCAUUGGUCGGAUGGCUUCUUAUACAAAAUGUAGAUUGGUCACAUUGAACAGAGAUUGGGAGAAGGCCCUGAUGAAUCCUGAUCCCGCCCUAGCUAAAUUUUAUGCAGAUUACAGUCGUCGAUUAAAUCCUCGACCUCUAGCCAACCCCAACUCAAUUCUUCUACAUACUUACACCCUGUACUAUUUUCCAUAUUGGGCUUGUCCCAUGACACAAUCUCUCAGUAUUUAUCAAGGCGGCGCUCUUACAAGUCUACCACUCCCCAAUCAGAUUCCGGCAGAUUUUCGUGAUCACCUAAGAUUUGUUGUUGCAGACAAUCGAAUAUAUUCUCUUGUUCCUACCUUUGCUGGCGAUUAUGUGGUGAGUGUACUUGAUUUGUGCAGGGCAACUCUUCGCUUUCACUGGGAAAGUGUGGCCACAGUUGAAAUCCCAGAGGGAGGGUCUGUAUGCUCUUCAACUCUCACUAGCCAAGAUGGAAACUCAAGUGUUACCUCUAUCUGGGCAUAUAAAUCUGGUUCAGACAAUCCAAGGAACCUGUCUCAUUGGAGGCACACAUUUUUAUCAGAACAGGGGGAAUGGGAGAAGAUAAGCCCUCCAUCUCUACCACCACUGCCAAAUGGUGAACUUCCUCCCAAAUAUGUAGAGAUAAAUGACAGAGAAAAGAAGGCCCAAUAUCUUUAUAAGAGAGAUACUUGUACUCGACUCACCUUCCUUGCAGAAAGAAUGUCCAUGAGCCAAAGCCAUUGGCCUGAGCAUAUGUUGAUCGUGCUCAAAGAUGACUACAAUGCCAAAACUGGAGAACUGAAUUCCAUACACCGAGUAAUAAUAACUCCGAGAAGUUGCUGUGAGUCUGAUAUCAAUCUACAGAGAAUGUACCUCAAUGAUCAAAAUGCUGAGUUAAUUGUUGACGAUGAAGAAUUGACGACAUUUCAAAAGGAUUGGCCGCGUUUUAUUUCCCAAAGUGAGAUUGACCUGCACCGGUUUAUGAAAAUUUCAGUUGAUUCGUUUAACAGUGGCUGCAAAGAAUGGGAAGGGCAGUUUAGCCUCCCUGUUUGUGACACAGGGAGCGAGGAGACGUCGAGUUACAUAAGUUUGACACAAGAAGAAAUCAUCAUCGUUUAUCGCCGUAUUGCAACAAAACCAGAAUGUGAACGAACAUAUUUAUCACAGUUGUUAUCACAGAUCGUUAUAAAAAUGGGAUUUCCAUGUGAUGAAUGGUGGGAAUCCUGGACUGUAAAUUUCUCAUGAGAGCUCACACCUGGUUUGAAAAGCAUUGCAGUGCCGAAGGGUGGGAUUUCCAUUGUGAUGAAUGGUGGGAAUCCUGGACUGUAAAUUUCCAUGUUUUGAGUGGGAAUAAACAA